AUGGAUGUUCAAGGGGAUGAAGAAACAGGAAAAGGGUCAGUCCAAUCGUCUGGAAAAUUGUCCAGUCUCAGGCUCAAUUCACCCCUAAUGCAAGUUGGAUUGAUUGGGCUUGUCUGUUUCUGUUGCCCUGGCAUGUUCAAUGCUUUAUCCGGGAUGGGUGGUGGUGGCCAGGUGGAUCCCACUGCGGCGAACAACGCCAACACCGCUCUUUACACCACCUUCACCGUCUUCGGCAUUCUCGGCGGUGGCAUCUACAAUAUUUUAGGUCCACGCGCCACCCUAGUCUGCGGUUGCUCCACCUAUAUCCUCUACGCUGGGUCUUUCCUUUAUUACAACCACUACCAACACCAGGCCUUCGCCAUCACCGCCGGCGCUUUCCUAGGCAUCGGAGCCGGCCUCCUUUGGGCUGCCCAGGGCGCAAUCAUGACCUCUUACCCUCCCCAUGACCGGAAAGGCACAUAUAUCUCCGUGUUCUGGAGUAUUUUCAACAUGGGUGGAGUUAUUGGUGGGCUCAUACCUUUUAUCCUGAAUUACCAUCGGAAAGAGGCCACCUCUGUAAAUGAUGGAACCUAUAUUGGGUUCAUGGCUUUUAUGACUGUGGGGACUAUCAUCUCACAGGCUAUUAUGCAUCCUAGUCGUGUUAUUCGCGACGAUGGUACUCGGUGCACCAACAUAAUGUACUCCAGUGUGUGUGUUGAAAUCGUUGAGGUUCUCAAAUUGUUCCGCAACUGGAAGAUGCGCUUGCUGGUCCCUGCGUCUUUGGCUAGUAACUUCUUUUAUAGCUACCAGUUCAAUAAUGUUAAUGCGGCUUUGUUCAAUUUGAGGACUAGAGGGUUGAACAAUGUAUUUUAUUGGGGUGCACAGAUGAUUGGCUCUGUUUUCAUCGGAUAUAUAAUGGAUUUCAGUUUUAAGAGCAGAAGGAUGAGGGGAUUGGUUGGAAUUGGAGUUGUGGGUUUGCUAGGGACUGCGAUUUGGGGUGGUGGGCUUGCCAAGCAGCUUGACUACUCUCGCCAUGAUGAGCUUAAGAUAAAGCUGGAUUUCAAGGAUGGUUCUGAUUUUGCAGGGCCUUUUGUCUUGUAUUUUAGCUAUGGAUUGCUUGAUGCCAUGUUCCAGAGCAUGGUUUACUGGGUUAUUGGAGCUUUGGCCGAUGAUUCUGAGAUCCUUAGCAGGUAUAAUGGGUUCUACAAGGGAGUGCAGAGUGCAGGGGGAGCAGUUGCUUGGCAAGUUGAUGCAAACGGGAUGCCAUUCCUAAACCAACUGAUUGUGAAUUGGGUGCUCACUACAAUAAGUUAUCCUUUGUUGGCGGUUCUCGUCUUUUUGGCCGUCAAGGAUGACAACAAAGCUGAAGAGGGGACGUCAAAGGAGCUUGCUCUUCCAUCGGCUAUCCAUGCCUCCACAGAUGAUGCCAAUGGUGGGCUUGGCAAGCCAACCUAA